UCGAUUUCGCCCUCUCCCUUAUACUCUGCAACAAAUAGCUGCUAUACCUACUGAUUUUCCCUUCAUAGGUAUAUACUAUCAUCAAGAAUUUUCCAGUUCUUUUGCUGACGGGUUUUCGGGUGUGUCCUUUCGUUUUCGAUACAAUAUUUUACGUGUGUGAUAUCUUGAUUUUCUCACUAAAGGAAUUCAUCAAAGAUUGCUCUUUGAUUUUUUUCGUAAAGAGUCUUUUAUAAAACAGUAACCACGGACUUCUUUAACUUUUCCUUGACCAGAAUGUCAGACGAGGAAAGAGAUGAUGCACAAUGAACUCGUCAGUAAGAAACGGUAAUAGUUGCCCUAAAGAAAGCGAAGAAAACGGAAACAAUGAAACAUCGGAAACCAGAUAUCCAGAUGGAACAGUCAAACUUCGAAAUCCACACAUUGAACUCAUGGAUCAAGAUAUUCUAUAUCAUAUCGCUCUAGGAAGUGAGUCUCAUGAUUUGGUGGAAAUGUUUGGGGAUGUUAAAUUUGUUUGUAUGGGUGGUACCCCAAAACGCAUGGAAACCUUUGCCCAUUACAUCAUGAAAGAAAUUGGCUACAAACUACCCACUGGUACCACUUUAAUGGACAUCAGUCAGUACUCUUAUAGGUACAGCAUGUAUAAAGUUGGACCUGUUAUAUCUGUUAGUCACGGAAUGGGGGUACCAUCUAUUGGAAUCCUUCUACACGAAAUGAUCAAAUUGAUGUAUCACGCUAAAGCGAAGGACCCGAUUUUUUUUAGAAUAGGUACUUGUGGUGGCUUGGGCUUGGAACCUGGUACUGUUGUUAUUUCUGAUGACGUUGUCGAUGGAUUGGGCAAUCAUUAUUAUUCUGUGCCGAUCUUAGGAAAAGUUGUUAAAAGACCAGCGAAACUCGAGAAAAAAUUGGUGAGGGAAUUAAAGGCUUUGGCAACUCAAGACGACCCUUAUGAUACUACGACUGGGACUACAAUGUGUGCAGAAGAUUUUUAUGAAGGUCAAGGAAGAAUCGACGGAGCUUUCUGCGACUACACCGAAGCCGACAAACAAGACUACUUAGAAAACUUGGUCAGACAAGGAGUGAAAAAUAUCGAAAUGGAAGCGGUACCCUUCGCUGCCCUCACCCACCAAGCCGGCAUCAAAGCUGCAAUCGUUUGUGUGACUUUAUUGAAUCGACUCAAAGGAGAUCAAGUUGCAGCACCAAAAGAAGUAAUGAACGAGUACCAGCAACGUCCUCAAAUUCUUGUGGCAAGAUACAUCAAAAAGUACCUCCAAACAAAGGGCAGAUUGUGCUCGUUGGACGGACACGGUUCCAUCGCAGUGAAAAGUCCCAGAAGGUUCAAGCUGGUGCAACAGGAAUCACAAACUUUUGAGUAAUUUUUGUUUAAUAAUAAUUGCUUGGCAAGCGAACCAAAGAUUUUUUUUUUCGAAAUUAAAUAAUCUAUAGUGCCAAGUAGUGGUGAUUUUGAUGCCAAGCAAGUAUAAUUUUAAGGGGAUUUUUAAGUAGCUGGGGCAGGGAACAGCACAAACAAAACAGAAAAGUGUAAUUUUAAACUAUUUACACUAGAGCUACAAAACAAAAUAGCUUUAUGUUAAUUAUAGUAUUUCAAUUUUUUGCUAUUAAUAAAAUAACACAUGUUAUCGUAGCUUAGAAAUAUUAUAAUAUAUUGUUAAAAACUAAAUGUCAAUAAUGUAUAAGCGCACUUAAAAAAGUAUUUUGCAAUUUGUUGAACAAAUUAAUGAAAUUGCCUUGAAUUGAGAUGGUUUUUUUUUCUUUCGGAGAAGUAAUGAUUUGUUAACAUAUCAUAAAAUGUGCUCAUAAUGAAAUAUAAUCUGUUUUGUAUAAUAUAAUCAAGAACCUGGAUACCUGCAUAAAAUAUGUAUUUUUGAUUUUCAAGCUGAAAAAGCAUCCAGUUUUCUAAUAAUUAACUUUAUAUAAUAAUCUAGAUAUGAUGCUUUUUGUGCUUUAUUUGUAUUGUAAUUAUUAAGAUGUAUUUAAAUUUAAUAUUAAUUUUCAAUCUAUAAGACCAAUUCCUACAAAAAAAAAUCAUUAUUAUUAUCUUAUUAGGGUCACUUUUUGGGAAUUAUUAUUGUUGAAAUUAGGUAUAAUAAUAAUUAAUUCAAUGUUGUAGACAAUACCGUUAAGUUUCACUAAAAAUAAUGGUUAAACAACGAUUAAGUGUGUGUUUGUAAACCAAAAAUGCCUAAGAAAAUAAUUAAUAAUAAUAAGCAUUAAUAAUUGUUUUUUUAAUAGAUAAUAUAGGAGUAAUUUUCUUUUAAUGUUUUUGUCACAUUGUUACCAUUACAUUACCAUUAAAGAUAUCGUUCGUAUUAAAUAAGAAUCAAGUGUUGGCUUUGACAUAUAAAUUAAAGAUAUUUAC